CCCAACUUCCCUCCUGGACAACCCCCCUCUGUUGUCUUUGCCACCCCACCGCCACAAAUGAACCCAGCGCCACAGCCCCGACAGGUACGUCCGCCGUCACCCAACAGCUUAAUCUCUGACUUCGCUUAUUAUUUAAAUUGUCAGUUGUUUGUCCCAUGUGCUGUGUCUUAAUCCAUUGGUAGGAGUGUAGAUCCUGUUUAGGGCUGUUGCGGUGACCGUAUUACCGCCACACUGGCGGUCACGAGUCAUGAAGGCAGUCAAAUUCCACGUGACUGUUUAGUCACGGUAAUUAGGCUUCUCCAAGCUCUGAUGCUGCUGAUGGUCAUUAGUAGCCUACCAAACUUGCUAACUGCCUGGUACUCAGCACUCUAUUGUCCCUCUAAUCACUCUGACAUCAAUGCAAAUGUAAUCGAAAAUCUAAUCAAACACUUCAUGACAGCCCAUGAGCUCAUGUUGCGCAACAUUUCUAUAGGCUAUGCAAUUGCGUGAGAAAACAGUGAUGGCCUCUAUUAAGAGGAGGAGGGUCCCAUUAGCUUUCUAUAGGCUUACUAUAUUUAUUUCUCAACUUUCCAAAUAUUAAGCACAUUGCAUCUCUUUACAACAGGAGUAUAGCCUACCUGGCUGGCAUGAAAAUGAACCACGGAAAAAGCGUCCUCCAUUCCCUAUUUAAGUGUAUAGAUUACAUGAAUUUUUUCCCACUGCCCCUGUUUCGAGACCGGUGCAUGAUAAUGGUCCAUUCUAAAUCAAAACAAAUUUCACACAUGUAUUAUUUAGUAUAAUAUGCUAAAUAUGCUAAUUAUUUAAUAUAUGUAAAGACAAGAUUAAAUCAAGAAUAUAUAGUCUGAUGGGUGACUAUUAGCCUAACACUUGUGAAUUAUAUAUUAUCACUUGUGAAUGAUGCCCAGCGUAAGGCAGGAAACAAUGCCUUUUUUUGGCGACUUUUUCGAAUCAUAGUUGCAUGCCUCAUGUAGCCUAGCCCAUAGGCCUAUACGUUUUGAUAAGGUUUGUAUCAUUAACUAAAGUGGCCAAAUAACUUAUUAAAAUUAAGCACAUUAAUCAAUUUUACAAGGGGUGUAGAGCCUAACUGGCAUACAUAAGCAGUGUGUGAGUUUCAAGUUUGGGGAAGAUAAUUUUCACCAUAAAAAUGCACCAUUAUAAGGAAAGCAUUACAUGCAUAAAUGCAUUUGUGGUCACUUUUGAGAAUGGUGUUUUCCUGCAAAUGCAACAUUAGUGCUUAUAGCCUACUGCUGUGUGUGCAUUGCAGCGCAUAUAAUGUGAAGACAUAGCCUAAUAGUUUAUCAACAUUUUAAGCUAUGUUCUGAUCUGUUGCGUCAGCCUCAUUGCGUAAAACAGGUUUUUUGAUGCUAGUGGUUGUAUUAAUUUGGGGUCUAUCGCAUUCCACAACUGUCCCAGACUAUGUUUGGAAUAUUUAUUUAUCACACAGAGUAUAAUAGGUCAACUUUUGUACUAUGGGGAAUAGUAGAUUGACAUAGGCUAGUGCUUUUGCUGUUCGUUAAGCCUACUCAUCUUGUUGGCUGGUGGAUUUUUUUUGGGGAAAUUUCUUCCAAUAUCUUCAAUAUGCACCUCGGAAUUGGAUAAGGACGCAGUUGUCUCCGAUGUCUGUCUUCAUUUGUACAGUCGUGGUCAAUAGUUUUGAAUGACACAAAUAUUAAUUUUCACAAAGUCUGCAGCCUCAGUUUUUAUGAUGGCAAUUUGCAUAUACUCCAGAAUGUUAUGAAGUGUGAUCCCUGGUAAAAGUCCCUCUUUGCCAUGAAAAUGAACUUAAUCCCCCCAAAAAAACAUUUCCACCGCAUUUCAGACCUGCCACAAAAGGACCAGCUGACAUCGUGUCAGUGAUUCUCUCGUUAACACAGGUGAGAGUGUUGACGAGAACAAAGCUGGAGAUCACUCUGUCAUGCUGAUUGAGCUAGAAUAACAGACUGGAAACUUUAAAAGGAGGGUGGUGCUUGAAAUCAUUGUUCUUCCUCUUGUUAACCAUGGUUACCUGCAAGGAAACACGUGCCGUCAUCAUUGCUUUGCACAAAAAGGGCUUCACAGGCAAGGAUAUUGCUGCUAGUAAGAUUGCACCUAAAUCAACCAUUUAUCGGAUCAUCAAGAACUUCAAGGAGAGAGGUUCAAUUGUUGUGAAGAAGGCUUCAGAGCGCCGAAGAAAGUCCAGCAAGCGCCAGGACCGUCUCCUAAAUUUGAUUCAGCUGCGGGAUCGGGGCACCACCAGUGCAGAGCUUGCUCAGGAAUGGCAGCAGGCAGUUGUGAGUGCAUCUGCACGCACAGUGAGGCUAAUACUUUUGGAGGAUGGUCCAGAGCGACUUGAAAAUUGGUGCAUUCACCUUAUAGCCAGUGGGAUAACCACUUUACAAUAUAUGUAUAUAUAUUUUAUUUUAUUUUUUGGUGGGGUAAGGGAUUACUUUAUCCUAUCCCAGGUAUUCCUUAAAGAGGUGGGGUUUCAAGUGUCUCCGGAAGGUGGUGAGUGACUCCGCUGUCCUUGGCGUCGUGAGGGAGCUUGUUCCACCAUUGGGGUGCCAGAGGAGUGAACAGUUUUGACUGGGCUGAGCGGGAACUGUGCUUCCGCAGAGGUAGGGGGGCCAGCAGGCCAGAGGUGGAUGAAUGCAAUGCCCUCGUUUGGGUGUAUGGACUGAUCAGAGCCUGAAGGUACAGAGGUGCCGUUCCCCUCACAGCCCCUUACAAUGUAUUAAAAAUCAAAACAUGUAGCCCAACGUUUGUAGAACAACUGAAGUUACAUUAAUAACUCUAAAUUAAGCAUAUAGGAGUACCUAUUUCUUUGUUAACCGCUUAACACAGAAUAGCCGCAUGUGCUAUUCCCUCAAAUCGUUUGGAGAAAAUAUCCUUUCUAUUUUAUUCUGCUUUGUUCAAUUGUAUUCUUCAUACUAUAAAAUAAUGCCACAGAAUUCUAAGCAAAUCUUGUCUGCUAAAUGAACUAGUGUAGCCCACAGCCAUAUGGCAUAGCCAGAUCAGGACCUAACAUAAGGACAACUCAGAGUAUGCCAUUAUGUUCUUCUGAAAUAGACUACAUUUUCUUCAUAUCAUGUUUUUUUAGACCUGGAUUUAUUGUGAAGGUGUAGGCUAUAUUACAUGGCUAUACACUGCUCAAAAAAAUAAAGGGAACACUUAAACAACACAAUGUAACUCCAAGUCAAUCACACUUCUGUGAAAUCAAACUGUCCACUUAGGAAGCAACACUGAUUGACAAUACAUUUCACAUGCUGUUUUGCAAAUGGAAUAGACAACAGGUGGAAAUUAUAGGCAAUUAGCAAGACACCCCCAAUAAAGAAGUGGUUCUGCAGGUGGUGACCACAGACCACUUCUCAGUUCCUAUGCUCCCUGGCUGAUGUUUUGGUCACUUUUGAAUGCUGGCGGUGCUUUCACUCUAGUGGUAGCAUGAGACGGAGUCUACAACCCACACAAGUGGCUCAGGUAGUGCAGCUCAUCCAGGUGGCACAUCAAUGCGAGCUGUGGCAAGAAGGUUUGCUGUGUCUGUCAGCGUAGUGUCCAGAGCAUGGAGGCGCUACCAGGAGACAGGCCAGUACAUCAGGAGACGUGGAGGAGGCCAUAGGCGGGCAACAACCCAGCAGCAGGACCGCUACCUCCGCCUUUGUGCAAGGAGGAGCAGGAGGAGCACUGCCAGAGCCCUGCAAAAUGACCUCCAGCAGGCCACAAAUGUGCAUGUAUCUGCUCAAACGGUCAGAAACAGACUCCAUGAGGGUGGUAUGAGGGCCCGACGUCCACAGGUGGGGGUUGUGCUUACAGCCCAACACCGUGCAGGACGUUUGGCAUUUGCCAGAGAACACCAAGAUUGGCAAAUUCGCCACUGGCGCCCUGUGCUCUUCACAGAUGAAAGCGGGUUCACACUGAGCACAUGUGACAGACGUGACAGAGUCUGCUGCCUGCAACAUCCUCCAGCAUGACCGGUUUGGCGGUGGGUCAGUCAUGGUGUGGGGUAGCAUUUCUUUGGGGGGCCGCACAGCCCUCCAUGUGCUCGCCAGAGGUAGCCUGACUGCCAUUAGGUACCGAGAUGAGAUCCUCAGACCCCUUGUGAGACCAUAUGCUGGUGCGGUUGGCCCUGGGUUCCUCCUAAUGCAAGACAAUGCUAGACCUCAUGUGGCUGGAGUGUCAGCAGUUCCUGCAAGAGGAAGGCAUUGAUGCUAUGGACUGGCCCGCCCGUUCCCCAGACCUGAAUCCAAUUGAGCACAUCUGGGACAUCAUGUCUCGCUCCAUCCACCAACGCCACGUUGCACCACAGACUGUCCAGGAGUUGGCGGAUGCUUUAGUCCAGGUCUGGGAGGAGAUCCCUCAGGAGACCAUCCGCCACCUCAUCAGGAGCAUGCCCAGGCGUAGUAGGGAGGUCAUACAGGCACGUGGAGGCCACACACACACUACUGAGCCUCAUUUUGACUUGUUUUAAGGACAUUACAUCAAAGUUGGAUCAGCCUGUAGUGUGGUUUUCCACUUUAAUUUUGAGGGUGACUCCAAAUCCAGACCUCCAUGGGUUGAUAAAUUUGAUUUCCAUUGAGAAUUUUUGUGUGAUUUUGUUGUCAGCACAUUCAACUAUGUAAAGAAAAAAGUAUUUAAUAAGAUUAUUUCAUUCAUUCAGAUCUAGGAUGUGUUGUUUAAGUGUUCCCUUUAUUUUUUUGAGCAGUGUACUUUUUAAAAUGUGGAUGUUCCAAAUGACUGCAUCAGUGGCUUGUAGGCUAUGUGUGGAAGCCAGGAGAUGCUAAAUGUGUUUAUGUUUAUUAACGGGUCAAUUACCGUGAGACCAGCAGUUAUUUGCUUGAUAAUCACCGGCUGACGAAAUUUCGUGACUGCCACAGCCCUAAUUCUGCUACAUGUACACUCUCACUCUUUCCUACAAAUAAGCUCUCCUGUUGAUUCCAUAUCUUACUGUUUUAGCGCUCAGUGAGUGUACGUUCCACACUCCAACCUGUCAUCGUUACUGCUGGAACGCAAAAUCAUUAUCUCAGAUGAGACCUGUAUUGUGUUCUGAAUCCUCUUCUUGAUCCCUGCUCCAUGCCUGCCUAUCUGUGUGUGUGUGUGUGUGUCAAUGGAGGAGGGUUGUAUCUGCUGCGCUCCAGCUGGUGUCCUAUGUGGGUUUAACCUGUGACCUGUCUUGUUCUCCUUUUCUAGUUCGUCCCCGGGCCCCGUGCUUUACACCAACAGGUACUAACAGCCUAACCAGGGACUUGGGUGGGCUGGGUUGAAAUAGGGGGCAGUUUGAGUUCUCUCUUCACUUGAAUUUCAUGUCUUCCUCAACUGUUUCUGAGCACUGAAUGUUGUAAAACCUACACUUAUGUUUAUUAUGGGAGGCUAAGAGAUUGCAUCUUCUGCAGAAUCCUAUUCAUGGGAUCCGCCAUUCAUUGGGAACUUGUCAUGUUCACACACACACCAGGGUUUCCGUUAGCCGGUAAUUAUUGGCUUUUGUCCGAUUGAGCCUUUGAGUAGAAAAUCUGUCAAACAGCACAAGAGCUUCUGCUGCAGCAUCUUGUGGUGCUUUCAACGAACCUACCAGGUACAACCCUAAAUCCGUAAACAUGUGUACCCUCAUUGAUAUCAUCCUGACUAACUUACCCUCUAAAUACACCUCCGCUGUCUUCAACCAGGAUCUCAGCGAUCACUGCCUUAUUGCCUGCGUCCGUAAAGGGUCCGCGGUCAAACGACCACCCCUCAUCACUGUCAAACGCUCCCUAAAACACUUUAGCGAGCAGGCCUUCCUAAUUGACCUGGCCCAGGUAUCCUGGAUGGAUAUAGAUCUCAUUCCAUCAGUAUAGGAUGCCUGAUUGUUCUUUAAAAGUAAUUUCCUCUCAAUCUUAAAUAAACAUGCCCCAUUCAAAAAAUACAGAACUAAGAACAGAUAUAGCCCCUGGUUCUCCUCAGACUUGACUGCCCUUGACCAGCACAAAAACAUCCUGUGGCGUACUGCAUUAGCAUCAAAUAGCCCCCGCGAUAUGCAACUUUUCAGGGAAGUUAGGAACCAAUAUACACAAGCAGUCAGGAAAGCAAAGGCUAACUUUUUCAAACAGAAAUGUGCAUCCUGUAGCACUAACUCCAAAAAGUUUUGGGACACUGUAAAGUCCAUGGAGAAUAAGAGCAUUUCCUCCCAGCUGCCCACUGCACUGAGGCUAGGAAACAUUCACCACUGAUAAAUCUACAAUAAUCGAGAAUUUCAACACCUGGCUACCACUACCCCGGCCACCAGCUCUGCACCCUCUGCUGCAACAUGCCCAUGCCCCCCCCCCCCCCCCCCUUCUCCUUCACACAAAUUCAGACAGCUGAUGUUCUGAAAGAGCUACACAAUCUGGACCCCUACAAAUCAGCAGGGCUAGACAAUCUGGACCCUUUCUUUCUAAAACUAGCCGCCGAAAUUGUCGCAACCCCUAUUACUAGCCUGUUCAACCUCCCUUUCGUAACGUCUGAGAUCCCCAGUGAUUGGAAAGCUGCCGCGGUCAUCCCCCUCUUCAAAGGUGGUGACACUCUAGAUCCAAACUGUUACAGACCUAUAUCCAUCCUGCCCUGCCUUUCGAAAGUAUUUGAAAGCCAAGUUAACAAACAGAUCACCGACCAUUUCGAAUCCCCCGUACCUUUUCCGCUAUGCAAUCCGGUUUCCGAGCUGGUCAUGGGUGCACUUCAGCCACGCUCAAGGUCCUAAACGAUAUUAUAACCGCGAUCGCUAAUAGACAGUACUGUGCAGCCGUCUUCAUCGACCUGGCCAAGGCUUUCGACUCUGUCAACCACCGCAUUCUUAUUGGCAGACUAAAUAGCCUUUGUUUCUCAAAUGACUGCCUCACCUGGUUCACCAACUACUUCUCAGAUCAGUUCAAUGUGUCAAAUCGGAGGGCAUGUUGUCUGGACCUAUGGCAGUCUCUAUGGGGGUGCCACAGGGUUCAAUUCUUGGGCCGACUCUUUUCUCUGUGUAUAUCAAUGAUGUCGCUCUUGCUGCUGGUGACUCUCAGAUCCACCUCUACGCAGACGACACCAUUUUGUAUACAUCUGGCCCUUCAUUGGACACUGUGUUGACAAACCUCCAAACGAGCUUCAAUGCCAUACAACACUCCUUCAGUAGCCUCCAACAGCUCUUAAACACUAGUAAAACUAAAUGCAUGCUCUUCAAUCGAACGCUGCUGGCACCCGCCCACCCGACUAGAAUCACUACUCUCGACGGGUCUGACCUAGAGUAUGUGGACAACUACAAAUACCUAGGUGUCUGGUUAGACUGUAAACUCUCCUUCCAGACUCACAUUAAGAAUCUCCAAUCCAAAGUUAAAUCCAGAAUCGGCUUCCUAUUUCGCAACAAAGCCUCCUUCACUCAUGCUGCCAAACAUGCCCUCGUAAAACUGACUCUUACCGAUCCUUGACUUCGGCGAUGUCAUUUACAAAAUAGCCUCCAACACUCUACUCAGCAAAUUGGAUGUAGUCUAUCACAGUGCCAUCCGUUUUGUCUCCAAAGCCCCAUACACUACCCACCACUGUGACCUAUACGCUCUUGUUGGCUGGUCCUCAUUACAUGUUCGUCGUCAAACCCACUGGCUGGCCAUCUAUAAAACAAAAAUAAAAGACAACUGGGAACUCUGGUAAAAUACAAGUCAGUGAUCUUCAGGUCGGAAAUCGGAGCUCUUGAAAGAGGGCGGGUUGGAAUUCCGAGUUUGGAUGACCGAAACUAUUUUUCCCAGUCUGACAAUUUUUUUCCAAGUUGUCUUGAACGCACUGAAGUUGGAAGUCAGAUUUCCGAGUUCCCAGUUGUUUUGAAGGCGGCGUCAAACGGCAACGGAGGGCAGGCUUCAUCAGCGCGUCAUACACCACUUUGCAGUGAGCUGGAGGCAACGUGCAUUUAGAAGACCUACUUAAUUGUUUGAAAUCUGAACGUUUUAAUAUAUACACUGAACAAAACUAUAAACGCAACAUGAACAAUUUCAAAGAUUUAACUGAGUUACAGUUCAUAUAAGGAAGUCAGUUAGGCCCUAAUCUAUGAAUUUCACAUGACUGGGAAUACAUAUAUGCAUCUGUUGGUCACAGAUACCGUGUAAAAUUAAAAUAUGAGCGUGGAUCAGAAAACCAGUCCGUAUCUGGUAUGGAACUCAUCACGGUAUCUCUGUGCAUUUAAAAUUGGCAUCAAUAAAAUGCAAUUGUUUGUUGUCCGUAACUUAUGCCUGCCCAUACCGUAACCCCACCGCCACCAUGGGGCGGGCACUCUGUUCACAACGUUGACAUCAGCAAACCGCUCGGCCACCUGCUCGCCCACCCGACUGCCAUCUGCAUGGUACAGUUGAAACCAUGAUUCAUCUGUGAAGAACACACUUCUCUAGCGUGCCAGUGGCCAUCGAAGGUGAGCGUUUGCCCACUGAAGUAGGUUACGAUGCCGAACUGCAGUCAGGUCAAGACCCUGGUGAGGACGACAAGCACGCAGAUGAGCUUCCCUGAGACGGUUUCUGACAGUUUGUGUAGAAAUUCUUCGGUUGUGAAAACCAACAGCUGUCCGGGUGUUAGGUCUCAGACGAUCCUGCAGGUGAAGAAGCCGGAUGUGGAGGUCCUGGGCUGGCGUGGUUACACGUGAUCUGCGGUUGCGAGGCCAGUUGGACAUACUUUCUCUAAAAUGACGUUGGUGGUGGCUUAUGGUAGAGAAAUUAACACAAUUCUCUGGCAACAGCUUUGGUGGACAUUCCUGCAGUCAACAUGCCAAUUGCACUCUCCCUCAAAACAUGAGACAUCUGUGGCAUUGUUGUGUGCCAAAACUGCACAUUUUAGUGGCCUUUUAUUGUCCCCAGCACAAGGUGCACCUGUGUAAUGCUGUUUAAUCAGCUUCUUGAUAUUCCACACCUGUCAGGUGGAUGGAUUAUCUUGGCGAAGGAGAAGUGCUCACUAACAGGGAUGUAAACACAUUUCUGCACAUAAUUUGAGAGAAAUAAGCUUUUUGUGUGUAUGGAAAAUGUCAGGGAUCUUUUAUUUCAGCUCAUGAAACAUGGUGCCAACACUUUACGUGUUGCUUUUAUAUUUUUAUUCAGUAUAUUGAGGCAUGUCUUACCUUGCUUCAAAUUAGCCUAUUAGAUCUCCUCUCUUUAAAAAUGUCUAACGAUAUUUUCAUCUCUGUCACAUGAAACCGCUCGCAUGUGCAGUGUCCUGUUGACAACUACGGUUUGACAACUACGGUUUCUGGCUAAUAGACUACUGCCUUGUGCGUAUUGCUGCGCUUAUAAUGUGAAUAAAUAAUAUUUAAUCAACAUUCUAAGUUAAAAGUUCUAAUCUGUUGCGUCAGACUCAUUGCUUUCUGUUUAAAAAAUAAAUAAAUAAUUAUGUAGCCUAGGCCCACUGGAUGUAUGAAUUUGGGAUCUGUCAUCCCACAACUGUCCUUGAGUCUGUUUGGAAUAGGCCAUUUCUUUCUCAACAAGCUGACCAAUAGAAUAAGUAGCCUAAACUUUUCUACUAUAGAUUGACAUAGGCUAGUGAUUUUUGCUGUUGGUUACUCGUCUUGUUGGCUGAGAAAGUAAAUGUGGACAGUUAUUCUAACAUGUUCAAAGUGCAUAUCAUAAUUCAGUAAGAAGGACUGUAAAUCGUUUCAUUCUCAACUUGCAUGUUCUGUUAAUAUGAAUUACCGUAAUCUAAAUGUGAUUUUUGUCAUUCUGAGCAAAGUGAGUGGACGCCCUAAUCAGGUUAUGCAUCCAAUGCAUAUUGGUCCGGUAAAUUUCAAAAAUGUCAAAUGUCCGUCGCCACAUUUUCCUAACGGAAACCCUUAUACACACACUGACUCCGUGCCCUACGUUAGCUUUGCGCAUGGACACAGUUGCUCACACACCUGCAUUUUUAGGGACUAGGGAUGUGUUCUGGCUUAUGCAUGCUGCUUGUUAAUUCACUGCUGGGGAGGUGGUGGGGGUAGGUUCUCUGCUUUCUGUCAACUGACUGCCGCUCUCUCACUCCCUCUCGUCCCCCCCCCCCCUCUCUCUCUUGCAUCCGUGUGUGUCUGUUCAUGUGUUGUCUGUGUGAUGUGCUGCUGAAGGGAGGAUUCAGGUCACUGCAGGUAACACUUCUCCUCUUUUUCCAGAGGAGUCGGUCUGUCUGUAGUUGGCAGUGUUCCUGCCUGUGGUCCUGGCAUCAUUCUUUUUGGCUUCAGUUUUGCUUAAAGAGACCCAUCAGAAUGUAAAUGAAGCAACACAGAACGUUCUAGUCUUAUUUGGUUUUUAGAGGUUUGGAUUCUGCCUUUAUGAACAGACUGUUAAAGUGUCAGUACAGGCUGUUAAAAUGUCAGAACAGACUGUUAAAAUUGUUGUAGUAUUAACUGCCAUAAGGAAUGGCAAGGGGAAAUAUAAUAGCCCUAAUUAAAGUUUUAAUUGUUGAAUGUUCUUUACAUAAGAGGAGACUUUUCCAUAACUUGCCCCUCUCUCCUCCUCUCCUACAUUUCUCCAGCCGUACUACAGCCGGCCCAGCAAUGCCCCCCGGGUGCCCCCCAGCAGCACGCCGAGGCCCGUGGCGCCCACACACGUCUACCAGCCGGGCCAACAGAUGAUGAUGAUCCCCUCACAGCAGAUCCCUUUCCCCAACCAACAGGGCCCCGCCUACUUCAUACCCGGACAGGUAACCCCCCCCCCCCCCCUCCAACAGGGUGCUCCAUCUAUACUAGUGGCCACUCAUUCUCUUUACUCAGACAUUCACUAUACCUUUUGGGACUGUUCCUUUGCGCCAUGCAAGCUCAAUCAAGCGCAGUUAUGGUACUUGGAAAGAAAGGAAACCAGGUCCGGUAACAACUAGCAAGGCAGUCCCCCUCCCCGUCUGUGAGGGAGGCCCCACAUGGAGUGGUCUGCCUCCCCCUGGCUCAGGGACAGAUUCUGCUGAGUCUGGGGCUCCGCUCUAUGGAGCCAGUGCUGGGACAAAAGCCCCUCUCCCUUCCCUCUGGCCGUGGCCAGGCGAUCAGCUGACCCUCCAGUCCCUUCCUGAUUGUGCAGCGCUUAAAAGCACCACAGAGAAAGAGAGAGGGAUGGGUGUUACUGUGUGUUAGACGGAGGUAGAGGGGUAUAAGUUCAAUAUUAAGAGAGGUAGUCCUGCCACAGCUUAUUGGCCUUCAAAACCACACAAGUGUGUGUGUGUGUGUGUGUGUGUGUGUGUGUGGAACAAAGAAAGGUAUAGGUGUGUGUUGAAUGAGUUAGAUCAAUACUAGUUGGCAGGCUGUCUUUGCACCUUUUCCAUCCUACCCAUUGUUCUUUUGUAGUUGAGCUUUAGUUUGCCUUGAAUACUCUGGGCUUGCGGAACAUUUUACAAUGUACAUUUAGAUUAUCUUAUAUCUAAACCAUUCUGACAUGUCUCUCUCCCUCAGUACCGGUCAACGUACGUGGCCACCCCUCAGCAGUACCCGGUCCCGCCGGGCACCCCAGGCUUCUACCCAGGCACCAGCCCAGCUGAAUAUGGUAUGUAUGGUAAGAGGCUCUGUUUGGGGCCUCGCCUGCCGAUACCCUCCUUUACCCAACACCACAGGCCUCAGCCUAACACCGCUCUCUCCUGGACACACUGAAAACAGGGAUGUCAAUUCCUGAGAUUAAUUUAAAAGUAUUUUCAACAGAAUUUCAAUUCACUGAAUUCAAGUGAAAUUGAGUUCAACACUGACACACAGGUCAAAUUCCAAAGCUGUUACUUAUUUCGGCACAAAUAAGUAAUUCCCAACAGUGUUGUCUAUUCCAAAUUUCCUGACUUCCCUGUUUAUUUUGUCCAGGAACGAAGGCCUCUGGGCUGGUGAUGCAGAGUUUGACUGCCCUCUAGGGGUAUGUGUUCGCCAGUACAGGGGCUAUAGAAAGCUCACUGGUUGUCCUGAAAACAAGCUUGGUGACCCUGCUCACAAGCCUGUGAGCUAUGUAGUGGCUUAGUCUGUCUGUACAGUUCAUACAUUUCAACAUUGACCAGCCAUGGUCAGAGCAGUCCAUAUAUGAAAUCUACUUUAGAAAUGUUAUCCAAGUCUUGACAUAUAUUACUCCAACAUGGUUAACAAGAUGGUUGAUUGUAAAGAAAGUUUUGAGAGAGCGGGAAAUUCAUGUGUGGUUGGUUGUGUGUGGAUAUAUAAAUUUUUAGAAUUUGUCCUCGUGGUGCCAGUCUAAUAUAAUUAGUUUGUGUGCUCACACUAGUCAUGUGCUCUCUCAAUGCCUCACAAAGGUACUGACUCUCAUGCUGUCGCAUACUGUACUCGCACCUGGCUAACACAUGCACUGUCACACAUACUUAAAUUCCCAUGCACCAGUCUCACACUGACUCCCUGUUUGUCUGGCCUUCUGCAGCCAUGGACAGACAGACAAACGUGCACAGAGCCUCUGCCUGUGUGUGUGUUUUGAGACUGCAGUGCUAAGUUGAUUUGGGGUAGGAAUGUAUUUGGGUCUGCUCCAAUAAGCUUCUGGCUGAGACCAAGUCCAGGAGGAAGGGAAGUGAAUGUGUCCUCAGGCUCAGCUCACUGCUGCUUCUUCCAGUUCGGCAUGAACUACUAGUCUUGGGGCUGGUGCUCUGGAGGUGUGUAACACUCAAAUACCUCCCCUCAGUGCCUCACAGAUUUGUCUUGCUUCCAUUUGGCCCCCUAGCUAGCUCCUUCUCCCAUUCGCUGUUUUAAAAUACCUGAAAGGACUGGAUAUGUGUAAGCAGUAUGGUGAUGGCUCCGCCGGCCUAGCUCAUCAGUAGGCAAAGUGGAGCUUCCUCUUUACUGUUUUCACCUAAACAGUCCUCUGAGAUUUUCACUCCUGAGGGAGUGGGAAUUAGAGGGCUAGAUAGAAGCAGAUCAAGUACAUGUUAGCUGGUGAGGGAUUUAAAUUGAAAGGGGCCUAUGUAGUGCAGUGGUGAUCAUUCCAGAAAUGCCCCUUCAUUUCAUCCCCUCAAGCCCACACCUUUGAUUUGAAAUGCCCAGUAUGUGGCACCAGUCUAUGAUUUUGUUUGGUGUUGUUGUAACUAGGGCUGUUACAGUGACAGUAUUACCGCCACACCGGCAGUCACCAGUCAUGUAGCUCAGCUGGUAGAGCACGGCGCUUGUAACGCCAAGGUAGUGGGUUCGAUCCCCGGGACCACCCAUACACAAAAAUGUAUGCACGCAUGACUGUAAGUCGCUUUGGAUAAAAGCGUCUGCUAAAUGGCAUAUUAUUAUUAUUAUUAUGACCGCAGUCAAAUUCCACGUGACCGUUAAGUCACGGUAACUAGGCUAUUCCAAAACUGUGCUCUGAUGGUCAUUAGUAUCCUAUCAAACUUGCUAAUGGCCUUGUACUCAGUGCUCUAUUGUCCCUCUAAUCACUGACAUCAAUGCAAUCGAAAUCAAAUACUUCAUGAGAGCCGUGGCACUCAGCGUUUGUGCAGAAUCACCUGUUGCGCUGCGAGAGCCAGCUCCUCAUAGCUGGCAUGAAAAUGAACCAUGGGAAAAGCGUCCUCCAAUUGCCAUUCAAGUGCAUACAGGUGACGUCUUUUUUGCCCCUGUUCCGACAGGUGCUUGAAAAUUGCCCAUUUUUGUAAAUCAACUAAUUUCACACACAUUAUUUUGUAUAUGUAAAGACCAGAUUAAAUUGAGAAUAGUCUGAAGGGUGAGAAUAUUAUCACUUGCGAAUGAUGCCCAGCAUGUGCAGACUAAAAGGCAAGAAACAGUACAAUACAUUUUCAAAUCAUAGUCGCAAUCAUCAUGUAGCCUAGCCCAUAGGCCUAUAUGUUUUGAUAAGGUUUGUAUCACAACUAAAGUGGCCAAAUAACUCCAAAUGUAGCUUAUAGGCCUAGGACUGCUGGAACAGGGUUAGAGAGCCCAUAGCCUACAGAUCCUAGUGAAACAUCUGUUCUUAUAAGCCCAGUCAUUGCACAAUUGCGUGUGAAAACAGAGUUUUGACUGGCCGCUAUUUAAGACGAUCCCAGCUUUCUCGUGCUGCUAUAUUUAUUGCACAAUUCUUUAAAUUAAACACAUUGAUCCGCUUUACAACCAGUGUAGACUACCUGGCAUAUUACAAAUGUAACCUUCGGAAGCGGUUCCUACUUGAGUGCAGGCUACGGAAGACACUUUUUUUUGUGGGCCAUUCCUAAAUACAAAAUAAUUCCAGAAAUACACUACAUGGCCAUAUGUUUGUGGACACCCGCUUGUCGAACAUCUCAUUCGAAAAUCAUGGGCAUCAAUAUGGAGUUGGUCCCCGCUUUGCUGCUAUAACAGCCUCCACUCUUACAUUUACAUUUAAGUCAUUUAGCAGAUGCUCUUAUCCAGAGCGACUUACAGUUAGUGAGUGCAUACAUUAUUUUUUUAUUUUUCAUACCCCCGUGGGAAUCGAACCCACAACCCUGGCGUUGCAAACGUCAUGCUCUACCAACUGAGCUACAUCCCUGCCGGCCAUUCCCUCCCCUACACUGGACGACGCUGGGCCAAUUGUGCGCCGCCCCAUGGGUCUCCCGGUCACGGCCGGCUACGACAGAGCCUGGAUUCGAACCAGGAUCUCUAGUGGCACAGCUAGCACUGCCUUAGACCACUGCGCCACUCGGGAGGUUCUCUCUGGGAAGACUUUCCACUAGAUGUUGGAACAUUGCUGCGGGGACUUGCUUCCAUUCAGCCAUUAGUGAGGUCGGCCACUGAUGUUGGGCGAUUAGGCCUGGCUCGCAGUCUGUGUUCCAAUUCAUCCCAAAGGUGUUCAAUGGGGUUGAGGUCAGGGCUCUGUGCAGGCCAGUCAAGUUCUUCCACACCGAUCUCGACAAACCAUUUCUGUAUGGACCUCGUUUUGUGCACGGGGGCAUUGUCAUGCUGAAACAGGAAAGGGCCUUCCCCAAACUGUUGCCACAAAUUUGGAAGCACAGAAUCGUCUAGAAUGUAAUUGUAUGCUGUAGCAUUAAGACUUCCCUUCACUUGAACUAAGGGGCCUAGCCCGAACCAUGAACAACAGCCCCAGACCAUUAUUUCUCCUCCACCAAACUUUACAGUUGACACUAUGCAUUGGGGCAGGUAGCGUUCUCCUGGCAUCUGCCAAACCCAGAUUCGUCCGUCGGACUGCCAGAUGAUGAAGCGUGAUUCGUCACUCCAGAGAAUGCAUUUCCACUGCUCCAGAGUCCAAUGGCGGCGAGCUUUACACCACUACACCACUUGGCAUUGCGCAUGGGGAUCUUAGGCUUGUGUGCGGCUACUUGGCCAUGCAAACCCAUUUCAUGAAUUGUGCUGACGUUGCUUCCAAAGGCAGUUUGGAACUCGGUAGUAAGUGUUGCAACUGAGGACAGACAAAGUUUACGCGCUACGCACUUAAGCACUCGGCGGUCAUGUUCUGUGAGUUUGUGUGGCCUACCACUUCGCGGCUGAGCCGUUGUUGCUCCUAGACAUUUCCACUUCACAAUAACAGCACAUACAGUUGACCGGGGCAGCUCUAGCAGGGCAGAAAUUUGACGAACUGACUUGUUGGGAAGGUGGCAUCCUAUGACGGUGCAAAGUUGAAAGUCACUGAGCUCUUCAGUACGUGCCGUUAAAUUGCCAAUGUUUGUCUAUGGAGAUUGCAUGGCGGUGUGCUCAAUUUUAUACACCUGUCGGCAACAGGUGGGGCUGAAAUAGCUGAACCUACUAAUUUGAAGUGGUGUCCACAUACUUUUGGCCAUGUAGUGUAUAUUAGUAGGCCAUACUGUAUGUAAUGACCACUGCCCAAGUUGUAACUGCAGUGGGACUACUGAGACUUGCUUCACUCUGAUUUAGGUACUAUCAUCACCCUAGGAAAUGUGUCUAUGGUCUAAUUAUUGACCCUCUUGGAGUUGUUUGUUUAGGAUGUUGUAUGGUUGUUGCAUCUUUAUCAGACUCAUCAUAAGGUUGUCAUGGUGUGUGUGUCACCCUUUAUUCUAGAAGCCAUAUGUCAUGAGGUCAGUCUGACACAUGACCCUCCUUCAAUGGUCAUGUGACAAUGAGACGAGAACUUGGCUUCAGCACCGCACACACACACACUAACAAUCUAGAGCCCUGAUGAGAUUUUUUAUUUAACCAAAAUUGGGGGGGACCCACAGCUGGGUUCUGAUUUGCCUCUUUCAGUGUGAAUAAGAUGAGUGUUUGUUUAGGCCCUCUGUUGGUGAACUAGUAGGUUAACUCUGUGGCGUCAAUACAGCCUCCUGGAGCUGGAACCAGGCAUGGUUUGGGUCUGGUAUGUUUUUCCACAGCAGAGCUGUAGUCCUAACAGGAGUAGCCAUCAACUGGGUACCACAGUGGAAAACUGGUAUAAGCAGCACAUUCUGCAGAGCCAUAGAAUACCUGCAAUCCAUUAGUUGGCACUGGCAACAUGAUCACAGCCCAUGACCAGGUGAAAAACAGUUCCCCCCCCCCUACCCUCCCAGGUUUUGUGGUGAUGGGAUACAGGUGGGAGGGGGUUCUUUUUAGCCCACAGUUGAGUGAUUUACUAACACCCACCCACCCACCUACGUCCUGGGCUCAGAUCACUGCCAUUUAAAAAAAGAGGGGUGUGUCUCUCUCUUCUCUCUCUCUCAUGGUGUACAGCUCUCCUCUGGUUCACACUGCUGACCCCAGGAGACUUGGGCUACUUGUGGAUACACUUUGAGAGAGAGAUAGGGAAGGAGGGACGGACGAGAGGGAGCGAGAGGGGGGUGAAACGGAGAGAGGUCAAAUGAGGGAGGAGAGUAGUAAAAAUAGUCUGAGCAGUUUUGAGGGCAUAACCCAGCUGUAGACAGAUAGGAGAGGAGGACUUCAGAGAAAGGGGUAAGACGAUACGCUCUUCUCCCCCUGUGUUCUCCUCUCUCUCACACUCUCAGGACGCCAUUGAGAUGGGGAACCGUGCCUCUAGGAUGAGCUCCCAGCAGGCUGAGGGUAACUCUGUGAUGUGGUCUGGUUACACCGUCUCCUUUAAUCCCACUCUCUCCACCCCCCUUUUGCUCCCCCAUUCCCUCCCUCUCUUCGUGACUCAUAUCUCAAACUCUUAUUUACUGGGACGGGACACUCCAAGAAAGUCCUGUUCCCUUUGCUUUCUCUUCUUGUGCAUGUUCCCCCUCUCCCUCCCUCUCUGUGCUCGGUGUGGGUUUUGACUAUAUUUAGUCUGUGCUCUUCCUGGUCAACAAUGCAGACUCUGUAAUGGGAGUUAGACUGAAAUGUGUGCUGAGAGAGCUACUCGCAGAGAGGCCACCUCCGUUCGUUUUUUUCUGUGAGCGAGGGAGAGAAGAGGGGGAUGUGUGUAAGUGAGCUUGAGAGAGCGGGAGGAGACUGGUUGACACUGUAGCUGACGCCCUUGGAAGGCCAGGUCUGGAAAGACCAGACUAAUGAACUAGGAAGGCCAGGUCUGGAAAGACCAGACUAAUGAACUAGGAAGGCCAGGUCUGGAAAGACCAGGUAAGACUAAUGAACUAUGAAGGAGUCAUGUAUUUCUGAAGAUGGAGUCUUUAAAUUUGGGAUCUCUGUGUGAAUGUGGAAAAGACUGGAGUGGGCAUGGUGAUUGGUGAUUAGGGUGGGGGAAGGAUUGGUAGUGGGCAGGCAACUCAAGGAGGGAGUGCUGUCAUGGUCCUAUGGCCUACCGUAAUUGCUUGUUGUCCAGGAACAACCCCUAGCCCAUACUCCCUAGGCACAUAACAUAUAGAUGUGAAAGGAUUGGAUGGCUAAACAUUGCCCUCUGAUAGGCUUGGUAGCAUUUCUGCUGUAUUGCUUAUGCCAAUACAUUACUCUCAAAUCUACCCUAGAUGCCUUCGGCCUAGGGUUUGACUGUAGGCUUAGGCCCUAUGUCUGGAACACUAGAGGAGUGAUCUGCGGUGAAAGCAGUCAUUAAAGCACCAUGUCAUUAUAACAGAGGAAACCAUUAGGCCUGUUUCCUGAAGUAGCCUAGUCCGUUAUCCUUUGUGUUCAGUCAGGAUGAAGAAUGGAGACAUAAAAGUUGCUGUAGCUUUGUUUACUUGUAAGAAGCUCAAACUAUUUGUUAGGAGUCGGUCGGUCUGUCUGUCUCUGUCAAUACAUUUACUGUAGAAAAUGACCGAAAUGGAUUUUUGUUGUUGUUGCCAAUACUGAUUUUCUUAAGGUCAAGGAGGCUGGUGGCAUAUAUUUUAGGCCUAUAUUCAAUAUCAUAAAAUGUGAAAAUGUUGAUGACACUUUUCCAUAGACAGCCAUGUAUGCAUUAAUUUUUUUAAUCAAACCAUACAUUUGACUUCGUUUUUACCCAUCUAACUACAUAACAUAAUGGUAAUAAUUUUAUUGGCAAAUCUCUUGAUAAACUGGGUAACUGAAUAUGUCAUAGGCCUACUCACGAUACAGGUGAAUGCAUAUUCAGUAGGAGUGUGUGCAUGCGUUGAGUUAUUGAGCUUGUUUUGGCUGAUCAGUGGAGUCUAUGGUGCUACAGAUGACAUUCUGUUUGUCUUCCAUUUCGGACUUGCAGUGCCUUCAGAAAGUAUUCAUACCCCUUAACUUAUUCCACAUUUUGUUAAAGCCUGAAUUCAAUAUUUAUUUUUCUCACCCAUCUACACCCAAUGACCCAUAAUGACAAAGUGAAAACAUGUUUUUAGAAAUUUUGGCAAAUUUAUUGAACAUGAAAUACUGAAAUAUUUACAUAAGUAUUCACACCCCUGAGUCAAUACUUUGUAGAAGCACCUUUGGCAGCGAUUACAACUUUGAGUCUUUCUGGAUAAGUCUGUAAGCGCUUUCCACAUCUGGAUUGUGCAACAUUUGCCCAUUCUUUUCAAAAUUCUUCAAGCUCUGUCAAAUUGGUUGUUGAUCAUUGCUAGACAACCAUUUUCAGGUCUUGCCAUAGAUUUAAGUCGAAACUGUAACUCAGCCACUCGGGAACAUUCACUUUCUUCUUGGUAAGCAACUCCAGUGUAGAUUUGGCCUUGUGUUUUAGGUUAUUGUCCUGCUGAAAGGUGAAUUCAUCUCCCAGUGUCAGGUGGAAAGCAGACUGAACAAGGUUUUCCUCUAGGAUUUUGCCUGUGCUUAGCUCUAUUCAAUUGUUUUAUCCCAUGAUUACAAGCAUACCCAUAACAUGAUGCAGCCAUCACUAUGCUUGAAAAUAUGGAGAGUGGUUCUCAGUAAUGUGUUUUUAUUGGAUUUGCCCCAAACAUAACACUUUGUAUUCAGGAUAAAAAGUUAAUUGCUUUGCCAAAUUUUUUGCAGUAUUAACCUUGUUGCAAACAGCAUGCAUGUUUUGGAAUAUUUUUUAUUAUGUAGAGGCUUCCUUUUCACUCUGUCAAUUAGGAUAGUAUUGUGGAGUAGCUACGAUGUUGAUCCAUCCUCAGUUUUCUCCUAUCAAAGCCAAUUAACUCUUUAACUGUUUUAAAGUCACCAUUGGCCUCAUGGUGAAAUCCCUGAGUGGAUUCCAUCCUCUCCGGCAACUGAGUUAGGAAGGACGCCUAUAUCUUUGUAGUGACUGGGUGUAUUGAUACACCAUCCAGAGUGUAAUUAAUAACUUCACCAUGCUGAAAGGGAUGUUCAAUGUAUUCUUUUUUUUUUUUUUUUUUACCCAUCUACCAAUAAGGUGCCCUUCUUUGUAGUUGAAUCUGUGUUUGAAAUUCACUGCUCGACUGAGGGACCUUACAUAUAAUUGUAUGUGUGGGGUAUGAGGUAGUCAUUCAAAAAUCAUGUUAAACACUAUUAUUGCACACAGGAGUGAGUCCAUGCAAUUUAUUAUGUGACUUGUUAAGCAAAUGUUUACUCCUGAACUUAUUUAGGCUUGCCAUAACAAAGGGGUUGAAUACGUAUUGUCUCAUUUCAGCUUUUCAUUUGUAAUUAAUUUGUAAAAAUUUCAAAAAGCAUCAUUCCACUAACAUGUGGUAUUGUGUUUAGGCCAGUGUAAAACAUAUCUACGUUUAAUCCAUUUUAAAUUGAGCCUGUACCACAACAAAAUGUGGAAAAGUUAAGGGGUGUGAAUACUUUCUGAAGGCCCUACUGAUCAAGUCCGGGCUAUGGCUGGGCCACUCAAGGACAUUCACAGACUUGUCCCAAAGCCACUCCUGUGUUGUCUUGGCUGUGUGCUUAGGUUCCUUGUCCUGUUGGAAGGUGAACCUUAGCCCCCAGUCUGAGGUCCUGAGUGCUCUGGAGCAGGUUUCCUUCAAGGAUCUCUCUGUACUUUGCUCCGUUCAUCUUUGCCUCGAUCCUGACUAGUCUUCCAGUCCCUGCCGCUGAAAAACAUCCCCACAGCAUGAUGUUGCCACCACCAUGCUUCAUCGUAGGGAUGGUGCCAGAUUUCCUCCAGAUGUGAUGCUUGGCAUUCAGGCCAAAGAGUUCAGUCUUGGUUUCAUCAGACCAGAGAAUAUUUUUUCUCAUGGUCUGAGAGUCUUUAGGUGCCUUUUGGCAAACUCCAAACGGGCUGUCAUGUGCCUUUUACUGAGGAGUGGCUUCCGUCUGGCCACUCUACCAUAAAGGCCUGAUUGGUGGAGUGCUGCAGAGAUGGUUGUCCUUCUGGAAGGUUCUCCCAUCUCCACAGAGGAACUCUAGUGCUCUGUCAGAUUCUUUUUUUUUUUUUACCCUUCCCCAGAUUUGUGUCUCGGCACAAUCCUGUCGGAGCUCUAUGGACAAUUCCUUCGACCUCAUUGCUUGGUUUUUGCUCUGACAUGCACUGUCAACUGUGGGACCUUUUAUAUAGACCGGUGUGUUCCUUUCCAAAUCAUGUCCAAUCAAUUGAAUUUACGACAGGUGGACUGCAAUCGAGUUGCACCUGAGCUCAAUUUCAAGUCUAGCAAAGGGUCUGAAUACUUAGAUUGCUGAUUUUAUUUAAUCCAUUUUAGAAUAAGGCUGUAACAAAAUGUAGAAAAAGUCAAGGGGUCUGAAUACUUUCCGAAGGCACUGUAUUCAACGCAGUGUUUGGUUUUCGCCAGGCAUAAUGGGUUCCAUGUCGUCCAAAAAGUUGACUCAAGUUUGCCAAAAAGCACCUGGAUGAUCAUGAAGACUCUUGGAAGAAUGUUCUAUGAACAGAUGAUUCAAAAGUAUAACUUUUUGGACAACAUGGAACCCAUUAUGCCUCGCAAGAACCAAACACUGCGUUCCACAGUAAGAACCUCAUACCAAUGGUCAAGCGUGGAGGUAGUGUGAAGGUUUGGGGAUGCUUUGCUGCUUCAGGACCUGGACGACUUUCCUUAAUAGAAGGAACCAUGAAUUCUGCUCUGUGUCAGUAUUCUACAGGACAAUGUCAGGCCCUCCCUCUGUGAGCUGAAGCUGAAGCGCAGCUGGGUCAUGCAGCAAGACAAUGAUCCAAAACAAACAAUGAAGUCUACAGGAAAAUGGCUAAAAAGCAACAAAUUUGAAGUUUAGGAAAGGCCUAGUCAAACGCCAGACCUAAUCCCAAUUGAGAUGUGGUGGCAGGAUUUGAAACGAGCAGUUCGUGCUUGAAAAGCCGCAAAUGUCGCUGAGUUAAAGCUGUUCUGCAUGCAAGAGUAGGUCAAAAUUCCUCCACAGCGAUGUGAGAGACAAAUAAUCAACAACUACAGGAAGCAUUUGGUUGCAGUCAUUGCAGCUAAAGGUGGCACAACCAGUUAUUGAGUGUAAGGGGGCAAUUACGUUUUCACUCAGGUGCAUUGGGUGUUGCAUAACUUUGUUUAUGAAAUAAGUAUAAUUGUUGUUUUGUUCACUCAGGUUCCCUUGAUCUAAUAUUAUGUUUUGGUUAAAGAUUUAUUAACCUUCAGGAUCAUAAAUAUGCUAAAGUAGAGAAAAUUAGAAAGGGGGCAAAUACUUUUUCACUGCACUGUAUGUGAAAAUAGUGCUUUUCUAUGUUUUGUAGUUAAAAAACAUAAAGGAAAGUGUUUCCAAUGCCUACUCACAAUUGGUCAAAAUCACACAAAGCACACCAUGAUUUAAUUGGAAACACUUAUCUUCCUGUCUUUUUUACUUCAAAACAUAGAAAGGCACCAUUUUCACAUAUGUUGAUGUUGGGGUGGUGCUGGAGAUGAAUAUGAUGUUGAAAAAUUGUGUAGUUUCCCUUUAAUUUUGAAAUUACUCAAACUAUCUGCUGCAGCUGGUGAAUUAGUACGGAGGAUAUUUUUAAGUGGUUCUCAUAGUGGUUAGUACUGCACCUGUUCUCACAAUACAUAUGUUUAUGACACCAAACUUUGGCGUUUUGCUGGGGAUUUCCACAAGUGUUGACAUUCAGAACUACUUGCAUGCUAAUUUAAAGUUUGUUGGACGUCUCUCUCGGUCUUCUCCACAGCAGGGGCAUACUACUCGGCCCAACAGCAGUACACGCCCUCAGUGCCGGCUGCUCCGGUCAUCAUGAACCCUCCCCCCCAGCAGCAGCAACCACCUCCACAGCAACAGAUCCAGUCCAAAAGGGAGCGCAAACAGGUAAAGGUAAACUCAUCACCCCACCUCUACUGUUAUACACCACACACAGGUAAACUCAUCACCCCACCUCUACUGUUAUACACCACACACAGGUAAACUCAUCACCCCACCUCUACUGUUAUACACCACACACAGGUAAACUCAUCACCCCACCUCUACUGUUAUACACCACACACAGGUAAACUCAUCACCCCACGUCUACUGUUAUUACACCACACACAGGUAAACUCAUCACCCCACCUCUACUGUUAUACACCACACACAGGUAAACUCAUCACCCCACCUCUACUGUUAUACACCACACACAGGUAAACUUAUCACCCCACCUCUACUGUUAUACACCACACACAGGUAAACUCAUCACCCCACCUCUACUGUUAUACACCACACACAGGUAAACUCAUCACCCCACCUCUACUGUUAUACACCACACACAGGUAAACUCAUCACCCCACCUCUAACUGUUAUACCACCUCACACAGGUAAACUCAUCACCCCACCUCUACUGCUAUACACCACACACAGGGUAAACUCAUCACCCCACCAUCUACUGUAUACACCCACACACAGGUAAACUCAUCAACCCCACCUUACUGUUAUAUCCCCCAGUACCUCAUCACCCACCCACUGGUUUACACCCACCCAGGUAACUCUCCCCCCUCUACUGUUAUACACCACACACAGGUAAACUCCAUCACCCCCACUCUACUGUUAUACACCCACACACAUGUAAACUACAUCACCCCACCUCUACUUUGGAUAACACCACACACAUGGUUAAACUCAUCACCCCACCUCUAGCGGUUAUACACCACACAAAGGCAAACUCAUCACCCCACCUCUACGGUUAGACACCACACACAGGUUAAACUCAUUCACCCCCAACCUCUACUGUAUACACCACACACAGGUAAACUCAUCACCCCACCUCUACUGUUAUACACUACACACAGGUAAACUCAUCACCCCACCUCUACUGUUAUACACCACACACAGGUAAACUCAUCACCCCACCUCUACUGUUAUACACCACACACAGGUAAACUCAUCACCCCACCUCUACUGUUAUACACCACACACAGGUAAACUCAUCACCCCACCUCUACUGUUAUACACCUCACACAGGUAAACUAAUCACCCCACCUCUACUGUUAUACACCACACACAGGUAAACUCAUCACCCCACCUCUACUGUUAUACACCACACACAGGUAAACUCAUCACCCCACCUCUACUGUUAUACACCACACACAGGUAAACUCAUCAUGCCACUCUGUCAUUGCUUGUCCAUAUAUGUAUUUUUAAAUUCCAUUCCUUACUAGUUUUGUGUGUAUUGGGUAUAUGUUGUGAAAUUGUUCGAUAUUACUUGUUCGAUAUUACUGCACUGUCGGAGCUAGAAGCACAAGCAUUUCGCUACACCUGCUAUAACAUCUGCUAAACACGUAUGUGACAAAUAAAAUUUGAUUUGAUCACCCCACCUCUACAUUAGUUUUUUACUGCUUUCAUAUUUUGUUGUGGUUUUAUUGAACAGAUAGGAUAGUGGAGAAAAGACAGGAGAGCUGGGAGGAGCACAAGGUCAGUGAGUUGAAUUGGAACACAUGCCCACUCUGGUAGUCAGUGAGUUGGAUUGGAACACAUGCCCACUCUGGUAGUCAGUGAGUUGGAUUGGAACACAUGCCCACUCUGGUAGUCAGUGAGUUGGAUUGGAACACAUGCCCACUCUGGUAGUCAGUGAUUUGGAUUGGAACACAUGCCCACUCUGGUAGUCAGUGAGUUGGAUUGGAACACAUGCCCACUCUGGUAUGCCAGGGUCAGCGGCACUAACUGCUGGACCACAGGCCAGCCCAUGUAAACACCUCUACUUAGGUAGACAAUCAGGUAUCCUCAUCCCAGAAUGGACAGGUCACAGAACUGGAAACGCCCACCAAGAGACAUUAGGGGCCUGAUGUUAUACAGUCAAUGUUCCCCCUCAUGCAGAGCAGGGUUUGAAUACUUCAGUGAUUCUCAUGUUUUAAAGGAAGAGAAGGACUGUGCUAAUAAAGCGUGUGAAUAUUUUUAAAAAAACAAGUAUAGUUUGUCAGUAAGGUGUGUCCAACACUGAUGCCUUUCCCCCAUCAUCCACUGUGAAGGUGCACAGUGCGGUUUUGGUCUACAGCUACUGUGUCUUCCUGUUUGUCUGGCCGGCCUACACUCUGGUGGAUGUCACAUGACAGGUUGCCAUGGUAAUGAGAGGACUUGUGUGAUAAACACUGUGCUGUGUGGUAGUGUUGUAUUCUGUCUAGGGAGGAUUCUAGAUGGGUCUACUCCUUAUGAUUUACAUUUGGUUCAGUCAUUGAUUUGAAAUGGAUAACUUUUGACCUGAUGAACUGUAACACUAAACUGCUGUGUGACUGAAGCAUGUUCUUUAAGGCUGUAGUACUAGUGUACCUCUCCUGGCUGCUGGUGGCCUCGGCUGGUCUGGAUUCAUCUGAAACCAUAGUUACAUAUCACAAUAUUAUUUUGGACGAUAUUAUAUCAAUACUUUGACUCAAAGUAUAUUUGUAUAACAUAUAUAUUUUCAAAUUUCUUGCUAGGUAGCGUCAGCUAGCGCUAGUUGGCUGUACCUGCGCCAAAACUCCAGUAUUUUUCAUCUUAUAGCUUGUCCUUAAUCUUAUAUUUAAAUAGUGAGCCAACAUGUUUUCAGCACUUUUAUUUCCAUGACUGAUCUAAACACAUUUUCUCUCUCUGCAGCAGACAUACACUGAGUGUACAAAACAUUAGGAACACCUUCCUAAUAUUGCGUUGCACCCCCUUUUGCCCUCAGAACAGCCUCAAUUUGUCGGCAUAGACUACAAGGCAUCGAAAGCAUUCCACAGGGAUGCUGGCAAAUGUUGACUCCAAUGCUUCCCACAGUUGUCAAGUUUGCUGCAUGUCCUUUGGGUGGUGGACCAUUCUUGAUACACACAGGAAACUGUUGAGCGUAGGAAAAACCCAGCAGCUUUGCAGUUCUUGACACACUCAAACCGGUGCACUUGGCACCUACUACCAUACCCCGUUCAAAGGCACUUAAAUAUUUUAUCUGAAUGGCACACAUAAACAAUCCAUGUCUCAAGGCUUAAAAAUCCUUCUUUAACCUGUCUCCUCCCCUUCAUCUACAUUUAUUGAAGUGGAUUUAACAGGUGACAUCAAUAAGGGAUCAUAGCUUUCACCUGGUUACUUUAUCACUCUGUGUAUAUUGAGCAGUAUAUUUGAAACAUCAAAUCGCAAUAAAAUCACAAUCGAAUCGCAAUACAUAUAGAAUCGUGAGAAUCUCAAUAUGUAUCGUAUCGGCACCUAUGUAUCAUGAUAAUAUUGUAUCGUGAGGUCCCUGGCAAUUCCCAGUCCUAAUGUCUAUGGUGGACUGGUCUGGUUUUUUAGCACUUCAAUGGCAGACCGCUGAUCAAGUUUUCCUCUUGUGCUCUACUGCGCUCUAUGGUGGACUAAGCUGAUUUGUUCCUGUGCUGAGCUGACUAAAGUGGACCUGGCUGAUCUAGGUUAGACUGUGCUCUAUGGUAGACUACUCUGAUCUAGUCUGCAGUGCAUCAGUGUGCUAGGCUUAUCUAAUUGAGUAUCUGUGCUCUGUACGGUGGACUAGUCUGAUCUAGUCUCCAGUGUAUCUGUGCUCUGUAUGGUACGGUGGGCCUGGCUGCUUUAUCAUUGGCUGUGGGAGCAUGCAGCUGGCUGUCGUAGCUGGGGCGGACGUUGGCCAGCCAAGCGGCCCCGUCCGAAGCUGCACGCUGCUCAAGGUCCUUCAAGAGAGGCUCCCUCAGCUCCCAGUCCCACUAGGAGGAUGGUAGACUGGGGGGGCAGGGGAGGAAGAGCUGCAGCAGGACACCCCACAGUGAGUCAGUCGUGCUUCAGCCAGUCUGAGCGUCACGAUGUGUCUUUCUAGAUGGUUUCAAAAUGUCUGCCAGAAGAGUAUGAAGUGUAAAGCUGUUUUUCAGCAGAGCUAAGCAGACUGUUUAGUAGUAACUGUCUUGUAACUGAGGUCAUUUUCUAUUUUUUUUCCCUUUUGUUACCCACUGCCUUUAAGCAGCGCUCUCUCCUCUCUCUCUCUGGGUAGAGGGGGGGGGGGUGGUGUGUGUUGAAGGACAUGUCAGCGCAUAGCUCCACGUGGCUGCCAGGCUCCUCCCCCUCUGAGCCAGAAGCGCAAUGGCUGACCUAUCUCCUCCCCUUCUCUCGCUCUCUCUCCGCUGCUGCUUCUGUGGCAUACCCCUCUCCUUGUUUGCACUAGCUGGAGCUCAUUUGAUUAAGUUUUGAAUCGUUUUCUUUCUCCUCUCCUUUUUUCUGGAAUUCCUCCUCCCUCUUUCCCCCUCUCUUUGGCCCCCUUUGACUGUCUGUAGUUCGGUGCUCAGUGGGUGGGGCCGCUUGCAUUCCAGUGCUGCUGCUCCACAAGGCCAGUCGCUCUGGCUUCGCUCUGGCUUCGCUCUCUCGCUCUCUUUUUGUCUUUUCUCUCUCCCUCUUUUUGUCUUUUCUCUCUCCCUCUGUACAUGUGUGUGAGAGCUGGGAACGAGGCUCUGCCCUGCUGGCUCUGCUCUGCUCUGCUCAGUGAGUUGUUGAGGGAGUAGGCUACGUGUGUUUUCCCAACCACGGUUGCAAAAGCAGCCUGCUUGCUGGGAGAGGCCUGCUGGCCGACAACUCAACUCUGACCCCAGGAUGAGAGAGGCCUGCUAGGGGCUCUGGAGCCUGUCCGUGUGUCAGGUAAACGACUCUACCAGCGGGGGAAUGUGCUGGCUCACGCCUGUUGCUGACAACUCUUAGUGUGUGUGUGUACGUUUGUGACAGACAGAAAGAGAGCGGAGUUUGUGAUAGAAAACAUGUGGCUCUGUGUAAGGGCACGCCUUGUAAGAUGUCUGGCUUGCACUGGAAUUUGUUUGGCAACUUGGCUGAAGUUGAGUAUUUCCGUAGUCAUAUUUUGUUGGGGAAGAAUUUGUUAAAACAAGGCAGCAAUCCGUGUAGAAAUCUGUGUUUGUCAGACUGCAUAGCUUUGUGGGGCUGGUGUUUCUUGUGUCAGUAUGUGAGAAAUGUAGCUCUGCUGAUGAAGACGCUGCUAGGCCACAGCCCUACAGUACAACCCAGAAGACUUGGCACAGUUGGAAACAGGGCCUAGCAUCAUAGAAAGUAGUUAGUUGUGACAGCUCUUCUCUUUUCCAGCUUUCCCCACCCCCUAAACUCACCCUCCCUCUCUCCUUUACUCUCACUCUUUCUCUCUUUUUUGCUCUCCCUCUCCUCCUUUAGAAAGGGAAUGAAGCAAGUAACACGUUUUUUAUCGAAGGCUAUACUGCAUUCUCUCUAUUUUUCUUCUUGUAUCCCUCACUGUUGUCUUGUGUCCUCUCUAUAGAUCAUAAUACGAGACCCUAACCAGGGUGGUAAAGACAUCACUGAGGAGAUUAUGUCAGGGGGCACCCGCAGUGGCACCACCCCCACACCCCCACAGGUGAGCGACGACUCUUCAGAGGUGAGCUACCAUUACCCUCGUCACCAACCAUCAUCCCUUUACACACAUUUAGCUACCAUACCGUCCUGUUUUUGGAUGUGCAGACAUUUUGUUUUCAUAUUGGACAUAUUGUAUCUAACCUGUCAUAUGGUUGUGUCCACUCCAGUUACCUAAUGUCUCUGUGUUGUGUUCUGUCCCUUAGUCGUCUAUAUCUGGAUCAGAGGGCCCAGCCGUUGCCCAGGCCAACGGUGAGAACGUGACACCUGUCGUGGUCAGACCAGGUGAGUUGGCCGAGGGGUCAGGUGAUCUAGAGGGACGUAGCUGGCUGUCGCUCAUUGGUUCACCUCCAGUACAAAGUCAUUUUUCGUGAAUUUGACUAACUCACAUAGGCAAAAUGCUCCUUUGCAAAGGUCCCGUGUAUUUUUACAGUGUAAUGACGAAUUGAUAAUAAGUGGGUAAUUAUCAAAAUAUGAUCAACAGACAUGAGGGUAAAUUUGAACAUUAGUAUGCUACUAUGGCCACUUGAGUGGGUUCAAUUCACCCUAGAAAUGUAAUGGUUGAGCAGGCUCUCCAGUAGGUUUUGCUCAUGGCAUCUCCUUUCCUCCUCAGAUGACAGAGGGAAACCUGCAGCCACUCUCAUCACUGGCCCCCCAGCCCAGUCUAAAACCCCUGAACUGGUCAAGACUGCCCCUACCCCUACAGAGGUCAAACCCCCAGACACGAACAGUAAAUCUCCUUCCUUACCCCAGGACCUACCCACACCCCCACGGGCAACUACCACCCUCCAGAAUACUGCCCCUACCACCCCCACACCCUCAACUAGUCCCAUUGCAGACAUGAUGGACGCGCCAGCCCCGGCCGCUGCUCCAGCCCCAUCUGCCCCUGAAGUGCCUGCUUACCCUGCGCCCCUGCCUGAACCCUGCCACACUUCUGCAGCCGAGGAGCAUCCCUCAGCCGCCAAGGAGGAGCGGGAGGAGAUUAAAGAGGAGGUGGCGGAGGCUAGGGAGGAGGUGACUACAUCAUCCAAACCUGAGCCUUCCCUUGCUCCAGUGACCACCCCUAGCAGCAGCACUAACGGUAUGUCUGCAGCACAGCCCCCCCCAGCCGAGGAGGAGGAGCCAUCAGCCCUGUCCAUCACCAUGCCCUCCCCCCAGGCAGCAGAACCCCCCCUGGAGUCUCCCAUUGCCCAGCCAGAGGAGCUCAGGCUGCCCAAUGGCCUGCCGCUCCCCAGCCCCCAGGACCCUGAGAAGGUGUCUGCGGAGUCGUCGGAGUGUGACGUCAGCCCCAUCGCUGAGCCUGAGGCGGCCCAGUUACAGAGGGAGGCACCUAUGCCUAAACCCACGCCUGUUGCCGUCACAGCAACGCCCGCCACCGUUGUCAAGGGGACGCCCGCCGCCCCCGUUGUCAAGGGUACGCCCGCCGCCCCCGUUGUCAAGGGUACGCCCGCCGCCCCCGUUGCCAAGGGUACGCCCGCCGCCCCCGUUGCCAAGGGUACGCCCGCCGCCCCCGUUGCCAAGGGGACGCCCGCCGCCCCCGUUGCCAAGGGGACGCCCGCCGCCCCCCUUGCCCAGGCGACGCCCGCCCCCCUUGCCCAGGCGACGCCCGCCCCCCUUGCCCAGGCGACUCCCGCCCCCCUUGCCCAGGCGACGCCCGCCCCCCUUGCCCAGGCGACUCCCGCCCCCCUUGCCCAGGCGACGCCCGCCCCCUUUGCCCAGGCGACCCAUGUCCUAGCUGAGACUGCUACUACUACAGAGGUAACUGCGCUCCGCGUGGAAGACGAGAUGGACUCUCCACCACCACAGAGCAACACCCCAGCCGGGGAGAGUUCUAUGCAAGGUCAGUAUCAGUCUGACUGACUGACUCUCGCUUUUUUUUUUUUUUUUCUUUGAAACAGUCUCCCUCUGUCUGUCUUUUUCCUCUGUCUGGAGCCAUCUGUCUGUCUGUCUUUUUCCUCUGUCUGGAGCCAUCUGUCUGUCUGUCUUUUUCCUCUGUCUGGAGCCAUCUGUCUGUCUGUCUUUUUCCUCUGUCUGGAGCCAUCUGUCUGUCUGUCUCAUUCAACCACAUUGUCUUUCUCAAUUUCAAUUCCUAACCCUACCCGUUGGCACUUCGUGAAGAUGAAACAUUGUCUAGGAGGAUCUACGUUGCAGUCCGACUGUGUGUCGAGCCUGUGUCAUGAGGGGCAGAGAGUGACAGGGUUAUGUCUACGCCGAGGACCCGGAACAGUGGGUACUUGGAGUGAUCAUAGCUCCAACAGAAAGCCAUAAAAAUAAAACGUUGGAAGAGAUAUUGGCAAUGUGGUAACCGCUCCACCUUGAUUUCUGAUAGGCUAGGUGGAGUUUGGGUGCUAGGGUUGGAUUGGGGAUUGAGUGUCAAUCCAUGGUGGUUUAGUCUGACUCUGUUGGUGGUGUUCUGCUUGUAGCUGCUGUUUCUGUGCCGAAGAAAAAGAGGAAGAUGAAGGAUCUGAACAAGAAGGAGGCUGUUGGAGACCUCCUGGAUGCCUUUAAGGAGGUCCGUUCACACAAACUACCCACGCCAUCCAUAUCAAACACACCACCCACGCUAUCUCAUAUCAAAUACACUACCCACGCCAUCAUAUCAAAGCUUUAAGAAUGCCUGUUUACAGCUGGCCCAUAAAAACCCCAGAAGAAGAAGAAGAAGAAAAAAUGUUUACAGUGACUAAUACGUCCCCCCCCCCCCCUUCUCGCUCUCCUCUCCUCUCCACCCUCUCUCUCUCUUCUCUCUCUCUCUCUUCCAUCUCUUCUCUUUCUCUCUUCCAUCUCUUCUCUCUCUCUCUCUUCCAUCUCUUCUCUCUCUCUCCAGGAGCAGGUAGUGGAGAGCCCUCCUGAGCCAGAGCAGGCCACACCCACUUCUGCCUCUGACGCCGAGGAGCCCCGCCCAGCCGCCACCCCUGCAGUCGAAGAGGUGGAUGAGACGUGGGAGGAGAAGGAGGACAAACUAGAUGCAGAGAAUAUCGAACCCAAGCCCGGGGAUCUGAAGUACCAGUACAAAGAGGGUGGGUUCUGAACCUUGGCCCUAAGAUGCCCUGUAACAUUUCUAUACUUACUUAGAAUAUUAUCCUCUUAACGUUAUCCUCUACACCUUAUCUCACAAGGUCUGCCUCUGUCAGUCAAGAGAGGAUGCAAAGUUUCACUUUAUUGGAAAUGCUUUGUCAGAGCACGAGUCCUAAAGUCCCAUUUGACAUCAAUGUAUGUUUUAAAAAAAAAAGUGAAACGGAGUGAUACUCAGUUCGGAUGCCAGACUAUAUACCCCAACUCUACCAACCUGAACGCUAUACUGAUGAAAACUCACAUAUGUGAUUCCUCUAUAAUUCCUUGUUCCUCUCCUCCAGAACUAUGUAGGCCUAUAGACCCAGAGGAGAAGAAGAGGUAUGACAGGGACUUCCUGCUGGGCUUCCAGUUCAUCAGUGUCGCCAUGUCCAAGCCUGAGGGCCUGCCUCAGAUCAGUGAUGUUGUGCUGGACAAGGUACCGUACAACACUGUCCCCUGCUGGACUGGAGGAAUCACUGCACGGUCCAUUGGAGAUUAUUUUCAUGCAUUUAUUUUUAUGGACCACUUUCAUCACCAGUUAUUUAUUUUGUCUUUCUUUGUGUCCGUCAUUAUUUAUCUUCUGUCCUCUGGUUCCGUCAUUGUUUCUCUCUAUUCCUGGUACUACUUCUCUCUCUCUCCAGGCGAAUAAGGCCCCUCUCCGCCAGUUGGACCCCAGCCGUUUGCCAGGGAUGAACAUGGGCACCGACUUCACACCCUCGUUUGCCAACCUGGGCAGGCCUGGAAUGGGAGGAGGUGGAGGAGGUGGAGGUGGGUGGUGGUGGUGGUGGAGGGGGUGGCCACAGAGGAGGACCAGUGAGUUACCAUGGAAAACUAUCUGUCAAUCUUCUCAAAUACUACACUCUGAUUAUAUUAAAACUUUCAUUUUCCCCUCCCUCCUCUCCUCCAGCCCUCUGGUAUGGGUGGUGGAGGACCGCGUCGCUCCCAGCAGGGCCAGCGUAAGGAGCCCAGGAGGAUCAUCAACAUCUCUUCCUCUCUGACGGACGACGUGAAGCUCAACAAGGCUGAGAAGGCCUGGAAGCCCGCUGUCAAGAAGGCUGCCAGUGGGCGAGCUGCUCCUGAGGAGGAGCUCGACGACCCAGAAGAGGCCAAGACCAAGGAGCUGUUCAAGAGGGUCCGUAGUAUCCUGAACAAGCUGACCCCUCAGAUGUUCCAACAGCUGAUGAAGCAGGUCACAGAGUUGACCAUCGAUACGGAGGAGAGGCUGAAGGGAGUGAUAGAUCUGAUCUUUGAGAAGGCCAUCUCUGAACCCAACUUCUCUGUGGCCUACGCCAACAUGUGCCGCUGCCUUAUUGGGGUGAGUGACUCUGAAGGGUGUGUGUGUGUACACCUAGUGUGCUGGUCUUGGUCUGGUGAUGACCUCCGUUCUGUGCCACGUGUCUGGACCACUGACUUUAUAUGACGUCUGCAAAACUCUCCAACCGUGGCCUAAAUUGUUUCUUUGUCUUUUCAUCUUGUCAGCUCAAAGUCCCCACUACAGACAAGCCAGGAGUCACUGUGAAUUUUCGCAAGCUGCUUCUGAACCGCUGUCAGAAGGAGUUUGAGAAGGACAAGGACGAUGAUGUCAUCUUUGAGGAGAAGCAGAAAGAGCUGGAUGCUGCAGCCACGGUACGAGCUGGGCUCUGUGACCAAUUAAAAUGUCUCUCUCACACAGACACACUUGGUUUUGAUUUCUGUAGGAGUUAGCUGACCAUCUGUCUGGUAUGCCUCCCUCUCCUCCCUCCCCCUACUUCCUGCUUCCUCUCCCUCUGUUACAUCACUUCCUGUCUGAAGGAGGAGAAGGAUCGCCUGAAGGCGGAGCUGGAGGAGGCCAAAGACAAGGCGCGGCGGCGGUCGCUAGGCAACAUCAAGUUCAUUGGUGAGCUGUUCAAGCUGAAGAUGCUGACUGAGGCCAUCAUGCACGACUGCAUCGUCAAGCUGCUGAAGAACCACGAUGAGGAGUCGCUAGAGUGCCUCUGUAGACUCUUGUCCACUAUAGGGAAGGACCUGGACUUUGAGAAGGCAAAGGUAAUGCUGAACCAGUGUCACUGACACACACAGACACGCAUCCUUUACAACACUUAGACCAAAUUAUUUCUAAGAAACAUAGAUUUACACACCAACACAUACACACUAACCUGCCUGUCUCUCUUUCUGUAGCCUCGUAUGGACCAGUACUUUACCCAGAUGGACAAGAUCAUCAAGGAGAAGAAGACAUCGUCCAGAAUCCGCUUCAUGCUGCAGGACGUACUGGACCUCAGGAGGGUAAUACCUCCUCACACACACACACACACACACACACACCAGUGUCUGGGUAAUGCUUCAGCCCUCUCACCUAAACCUUUUGGUCAUCUCUAUCUAAUCUGACUGACCCUUGUCCUCUGGUUGGUAUGUAUCCAAGCAUAUCAGUAAACACUUGGUCAAACUACCAUAGACAGAAUAGUCUCCCCUAAACCCUGAUUUUAUCCAUGACCCCAAAUCACCUCUGACCUCUGAAUGUAUCCCUGAUCCCAAAUCACCUCUGAACUCUAGUCUCACUUCCUUUACAAGCCCUCUCUAUGCAUGCAUGUGUAGUGUAUCAUAGUGGGUUGUGUUGUUUUACAGCCCCGUAGACGCCCACACUAGUCUGUAGUCCUGGCCCGUGUGGGUUCUGAAGUGGGAUAAUAGAGAGACAAACUCAGCUCUUUAAUACAGGGAGGAUCCCCAGCUUUGCCCCUCUGUACCAUAGGCUGAGACAGGAGUCAGUCUGCACCCCGCAGCCAAUCCCAUCUCUCCAAGCUACUGUAACCGACUCCCUCCUCUCAAAGUCAUUCACCGUCUAGAUGUCUACCACCCUUCUAAACGGAUGUGUCCCUUGAUGUUCACACAAACUAGUUAUCCAUGCCUAUUAGGCUUGGGCAGUAUCCAGAUUGUCCUACCUUCAUACCGAUCUUGUGCCAUACCAGGAUAUUCGGUAAUACCUGCACUGACCACAGUGCAAUGCUAACAAGUACAUGUCAAAUCUAACGAACGCAUGCAAACAUUUUAUACAGUCUCUUGACAAACUUUGCAGGACAGACAUCCCACUCAUUAAGUUAUACAAGUAACUCAAAAAUGCCACACAGUUUGGUGCACGCACAAAACUAAUAUUAGACGGAAGGUAUUCUCUUCUGUUACCAAGAGGAGCUUGAUUGCAAGAAGCUAACCACUUAGCUAGAUAACUUGGUACUAAGUUAGCAAACCAAAUACACAACUGCAGAUCAUUUAGCACAUUUUAGACAGUUAACUUAGUUAUAAGAUAUCUAGUUGUGAAUUCCAUACUGUAACUAGAUCACCUGGCGCGGGCUGCAGUUACUCCCAAGACAACCGAUAAGCUUCAUAACGCAGAUCUUGAUAUUUCAUUAUCUCCUAAAUUGUACAAGUUGACUGCAGGUAUUUAUUUAAAAACUAGCUACAAAUAUUCAAAUUAAUUAAGCUUCAAAUAAAUACUUUCAGUGGUAUUGACAGUAUUGAAAAACCAUCCCGUGGGUAUUUCCAAAUAACCCGAAAUAUACGGUAUACAGCCCAAGCCUAAUGCCUAUGACCCAUUCGCUAAGCUUUCAGUGAUUCACAAACUCACAUUUCUUACUUUGUUUGAAAACUACUAGUUACUAAGGACAUACAGGUAUGUUAACUAAGGAUCUGUAGCCUAGGCCUCUAUCUAAGGUCUAGAUGUGCAUGUAUUUGUACAGUACUGUUAGCUGUGUGUGUCUGAGGUUUUCCUGUAAUGCAGUUUACCAGAAAACAACAUAAAUGCUGGACUGUUCCACUUUAACUAGUUUAGUCUCCGGUGACUUUUCUGGGAAAAUGUCUGCAGAGCCUCAAUGUGUUUGUGUGUCUGUUCGACAGUGACUCGCAGUAUGGUUAGAGCAGUGAUGUGGUGUUGCACCGGAUCCAUAAUUACAGUUAUAGGAUUGCUAUGGUUCCACCCCCAGUAAGUGUCUUACCAAAGCUGUUACCAAAGCAGCAGUCGGGAUGUUUCAUAAGAGCUGAUCAGCUGCACUCAGUCAGCACACUGGCCCCUGCCAUUUACUGGGAAAACGCUAUAGUUUCAGUUUCCAUUGUCUGGAAAAGCUGACAGCGGGGUUAAGGCAAGGCAUCUCUCUCGCUCUCGCGCUCUUUCUAUAGCCCUGUUGUCAAGUCACCCAUUUGUCUUAAUUUAUUGACUAAGUGACCUUUGACUCGAAGAGAUAUGGAGUGUUAAGGGUAUGCCACACUUUUCCAUUUAAUUCCAAUCCUCAGUUAAAGUAUAUUACUGUACUCACUGUAGUGCUGACCCCAUUUAGUCGACUGGUCGAUAGGCUGUUGGUCGACCGAGAUUUCUUUAGUCGUGCAGUCGUAACACAUCCUUUUUUCAGGGUGCACAAGACACCUGUCUGAUUCGUGUCGGUCUCAGUGGACUAAUCCAUUGCGGAGGCCACGGUAUGGCACAGUCCAUCACUCUAAGACCUUUUCCUUAAUCUCCUUCUUAUUGUUAUUAUUAUUAUGAUCAUCAUUAUAAUAAGUAAUGUCGUUAUCAUUAGUAGGCUUUGUAUAGUAGCCUUGUAUAACCACCAUCGAGCUGUAGGCCUAAGAGACCUUCCUGUUUAGUCUUAAUACCGUAACUUACUUAGGCCUAUAUUUCAAUAUAUAGGCUACUGUAUCAAUCAAUCAAUCAAUCAUUCAUUCAAUGAUUCAUUCGUUCAUGUCAUCACACAGCAUGCGAGACAUUCAUGCUUUAAAAUGCAAUCAAGCAUUUUAGUUUUAAAAUUAAAUAAUAAAGGGAGCUUUGAAUAAUUAGCCUAAACAAUAAAUAAACCACAAUUCACGAAUGCAUGCAACUGUUUUUAGUCUGCUAUAAUAAAGGCUUUAUAUUUUUAAUUUCUCAUUAGAACAGACUCUCUGGUACACUUAUUUAUUUAGUGUUUACACUUCCAAAUGGUUUUUAUUUAUUAUUGUAAUCUGACAGCAACUGUUUGGCACACAUAAUACUCAUGCAACGCUUGCUCCUAUACCCUCCUUUUUCUUGAUCUCCAGUAGUUUCCACAACUAAGUCAAAUGUCUUCCACAGAUCUGACUUCCCCUUCCCCUCCGGAGCAACCAGUAAACAUUUGCGCAUUUAUUUUUCACGUCCUCCGCAUCCAUUUUGCUGUCACGUGUUACUGUGUUUGGAGUUUGUUAUAACCAAUUAAUUGAUGUGUUUAUGAUAGGCUAUAGGUCAGGCCCUAUUGGUCACAUGCAUGCUAUGUUUACAUGUUUUACGUAAAGAGAGCAAGGGUUGAGGGAAUAGGGAGUGUUUGUCCUAAACAAAUUAUGGAUUUCGGUAACAGAACUUUUCAAUCUGCAACAAGUAAGAAACUAAAUGGCUGAAAUGAUGUUGCAGCUUCAGCACGGACAGCACAAUAAACACUUGCUGUGCCGUGGUGCCUUUUGGCUGCAGUAGGGAGGAGAGAGAGACAACUUGCGCCAGUCACACAGGCACUCGCUGUCAUUUUGUUUUAACACAGUGGGACCAUCAGGCUCUUUCUGGAGUCAUUUGUGUGUCAUCAUUAUUUAAUCAAACCGUGUUCUUAAAGCAUCAGACAAGCUCAGUGCAUAUGUAGUUGAUUUUUAUUCAAACACAUAGGGUGUGUCUGUCUAUAUAUGGAAAUAUCGAUUGGUCGAAAGAAAAGGACGACUGUUGAGCCAAUAUUUUUUUUAGUCUGGGACAGCCCUAACUCACUCCCACUCCCCCCUCCCAGAACACAUGGGUCCCCAGGAGAGGAGAGCAGGGCCCCAAGACCAUAGACCAGAUCCACAAGGAGGCUGAGCUGGAGGAGCACAGGGAGGUUCUCAAGGUGCAGCAGCAACUCCUCAACCAGAACACCCGAGGAGGAGGUGGAGGACGUGGUGGUGGUGGAGGAGGAGGAGGAGGAGGAGGAAGAGAUCAGGGGAGCCGUGGGGGCCAACACCCCCAGGCGGGCCAAAGGAGUCAGCCCCAGGACGAAGGCUGGAACACAGUUCCCAUUUCCACCAAAAGCAGACCCAUCGACACCAGCCGACUCAGCAAGAUCACUAAGGUCAGUGAUACAUCAUACUGUGGAUUCUCAGCCAUGUAUCGUGGACCCAUACUCUGUUUGGACUGAAACACUCCAACCCCCUCCACUUGUAGUCUAGCACCCACCUCCUUAACCUUCAACCCCAUUGUAAAGUUCUAUCAGCCCUACCAUUCCCAACUCUUCUAAUCUAAUCUGUUGGACUGAAACCCCAAACCCACUCACUCUGUAGUCUGGUACUCACCACUUAACCUUUAACCUCCAUUUAGAGUUAUGACCAUACCAUUUCUGACUCCUCCAAACUUCUCACUUAUGUAACUUGAAACUUCAGACCUUUUUCAGAUCUCAAGAUGUUUUGCCCCCAACAAUACUGCUAGUCUUCUUUCCUCAAAAGUAAUGUUUCUAACCUCUCCUUCUCUCUGCAGCCCGGGGCUUUGGACUUUAACAACCAGCUGCUGGCGCCCCAGCUUGGGGGUAAGGGCAUGUGGGGCAGCUGGGGCAAGGGCAGCAGUGGAGGCACCACCGGAGCCAAACCCACUGGGGAAGUCAGUAAGUCCUCUUACCAGUACACCCACCACUGUGAAAUAUCUACUCUUAGGCUCUUUAAAAAUUAACUGUGUGUGUGUAGCCCCAGAGUCAGGAGGCCGCCCAGCCACCAGCACCCUCAACAGGUUCUCAGCCCUGCAGCCACAGCAGCCCUCCUCCUCAGGGCCCUCACAUGACUCGGACAGAAGAGUUCCUCAUAGGUCAGCAGCACUGGGACGUUACAACAUACUACAUCUGUCCUUUACAUAUCUCUUUCUAUCUGGGAGGUUUUCUCUUUGUGUCUGAUAGUCACUGAUUUGAAUAUGGAACAUCACUGCUACCACAGGGCAGAAUGUUUGAUUGGUUCAGAUGAAUUAAGGUCUUCUUGUGACUCUUUGCAUCUACCCCCACCCUACCACCCUCCCCCUAUACACAAACAGGAACAGCUCUAGCCGGGACCGUGGCAGCGACAGAUUCGAGCGUCAUGACCGUGGCAGCAACGACCGCUUUGACCGGAGGGACGACCGGGACAGGAACCGGCCCCCGGUCACCAAGCGGAGCUUUAGCAGGGAGUCGGAGGAGCACGGCAGAGAGAGGGAGCACAGCGGCCCUGCUGAUCCUGUACGCCGCGUUGCCAGCAUGACCGACGACCGGGGCAGCAGAGACCGAGCCAGGAGCAAAGAGAAUGGUAUGAAACAAAGAAUACACACAGCAUACUUUGUGUCAGGCUUACAGUACUGCUGGCAGGAGUGACCAGGGGUUUAAAGGGAUGGGGAAAGGCAGAGAGUUGGUACUAUGUUAACCAAUUCAGGAACCCUUUAUGGGGAAUUUGUAAUGUUUUAAAAGGCAAGGAUUUCUCAGGCAGACAUUUUCAGAGUAACUUCUGUAUGUGACAUUCUCUCUCUGUUUGGGCCACAGUGAAGAGGGAAGCUGCUCCAACCCCCCCUCCUCCCCAGACCAAACCUGCCUUGAGUGAAGAAGAGCUGGAAAAGAAGUCCACAGCUAUCAUAGAGGAGUACCUACACAUCAACGACAUGAAGGUACAUUACAUUUAUACCCAUGCAGAUCAUUGGAGAGACUUGCCUACAUAUCAACCACACACAGAUAUGCAACAGUUGAAUAAUACAUACUCUAGCUAGUUGGCCACAUGGUGGCAAUUGAAAAUGGCUUUCCAUGUAAAUGAUAUACAUUUUUACAUUUUAGUCAUUUAGCAGACGCUCUUAUCCAGAGCGACUUAGUUUUUUAGUGAGUGCAUACAUUUUCAUACUGGCCCCCCGUGGGAAUCGAACCCACAACCCUUGCGUUGCAAACGCCAUGCUCUACCAACUGAGCUACAACAAAACAUUUUUUUGAAACAUGUUUUUAUUACUGAAACACUGCCCUACUUUAGAGGAGUAAAACUAAACUUUUAAUCCUGUUUCCCCUCCGGCGCUGUAGGAGGCGCUGCAGUGUGUAGUGGAGAUGAACAGCACCCCGCUGCUCUUUGUGUUUGUACGAAGCGGUCUGGAGUCCACUCUGGAGCGCAGCCCCAUCGCCAGAGAACGCAUGGGCCUGCUGCUGCACCAGCUGUACAAGGCAGGCACCCUCCCCAAAGAGCAGUACUACAGAGGGUCAGUCACCUCAGAGAGAGUCUGUGUUUUCUGCCCUUGGAACAGCACUACACACAAAUGAGCCACUAGUAUAUUGACCUUUUUUAUUUUCUAGAUAAAGUCUAUCUGAUGAAUCUGAGUGAUUGAUUUGGUGUGUGUUAUGUUUGUGUGUGUGUUGUGUUAUAAUGUGUGUGUGUUAUAAUGUUUGUGUGUGUGUGUCUCAACAGGCUUCAGGAGAUACUGGAGGUGGCGGAGGACAUGGUCAUAGACAUCCCCCACAUCUGGCUCUACCUGGCUGAGCUCAUCACCCCUAUGCUCCACGAAGGAGGCAUCCCCAUGGGACAGCUCUUCAAGUCAGUCCCAGGCUUCAUUCUAGGCCUCUACUAAUAAUAACUCUAUUCAAUCAGUCAGUAUCCUCUAUAUUAAGAUGUGACCUACUGACCUUGUUUUGACCUAUGACCCUGUAGGGAGAUAUCCAAGCCCCUGGUUCCUCAGGGGACGGCUGGAGUUCUACUUGUCCAGAUCCUCACCCUACUCUGCAAAGGAAUGGUACGUUCUCUCACUACCCAACCUAUAAAGGAGAUGGUGCUUUAUGUUUUCAUAUCUGUCCAGGCAUCUAGAUUACCUUUUGAUGUUUGAAUCCUAUGCAAAUGUCAUGUUUGUGGAUCCAAAGUGUUUUAAAUGGAACCUACUGUAUCCGUCUACCUCAGAGCCAUAAAAAGGCAGGCACCAUGUGGAGGGAGGCGGGGCUUAGCUGGAAAGACUUUCUGCCUGAGGACGAGGACGCCAACAAGUUUGUGACAGAAGAGGUCAGAGGUCAUGACCCUGUAGGGAUUGAAAGCAGAUUCACCAUAUAGGAUUGACCCUUUUUGAACUGAUAGACAAAUAUGAAAUAAUAGUCCAUUAUUAAUGGUAGACUCAGUGAAAUGACUUUGCCACGAGCAGCACCACAGAUAUUGAGAUGAGCGGGAUGCAAGACUUCGCUCUCACACGGUCACAGGAUCUGUGCAUGUGCACGGAUUCGCUUCACACACUUACAGCCAGGGGACCAAAACAGCUGAGGUUGAGCCUCAAGCUUUAACACUCUCACUGCUGUUUACUUUGUGCAUCUACGUCAUACAGCUGAGUCUACCUUUAGAUAAAUCGAUCAAAUGUCAAUCAAAUGUGUUUAUAUAGUCUUACUUGCAUCAACAGUUGUCCCAAAGUGCUUUAAGGGCUUUCCAGACAGGAAGCGGCAGCAGAGUUGCCCAUUCAUUUUCAAUGGCGCUAGGCAGGAGACGUUAUUCUAGGCGUAGCGAUCUGCGGUGCUCGUGCAUGUGAAAGCCGCUCAGCCGAAGCAGAGAAAAUAGGAAUCUGCUCUAUUUUGGCAAACCUUGCUCCGCCCCAUCGCUUCCUGUCUGGAUAGCCCAUAACAUUAAUUAUGGGAAGUUUCACUCUCUUGUUGUGUGUGUUCCCUCUGAAUGCAGAAUGUGGAGUUCACCCUGGGAGGAGGACGAGGAGAUGAUGAUGACGAUGAUGAUGAGACAGAGAAGAGCAGUAAGAAGGAGCUGAGCUCAGAGGAGCUGACCAAACAGCUGGACAGACUCAUACAGGACAAGGCUGAAAACCAGAGGAUCUACGAUUGGGUCGAGGUAUGACGUGUGAGAGGGAGAGUGUCCACUCACCCAAUGAAUAUUUUGGUUUGCUUUUGGUUCCUUGUGCAGUACUACCAAUAGACUCAGUUACAGUGCAUUUGGAAAGUAUUCAGACCCCUUUACUUUUUCUGCAUUUUGUUAUAUUACAGCCUUAUUCUAAAAUGGAUGAAAUUGUUUUUUCCCCUCAUCAAUCUCUACACAAUACCCCAUAAUUAUUUUGCACAUUUAUAAAAAAUAAAAAACUGAUAUCACAUUUACGUAAGUAUUCAGACCCUUUACUCAGUAAUUUGUUGAAGCACCUUUGGCAGCAAAUACAGCCUCGAGUCUUCUUGGGUAUUACGCUACAAGCUUAGCACACCUGUAUUUGGGGAGUUUCUCCCAUUCUUCUCUGCAGAUCCUCUCAAGCUCUGUCAGGUUGGAUGGGGAGUGUCGCUGCACAGCUAUUUUCAGGACUCUCCAGAGAUGUUAGAUCGGUUUCAAGUCCGGGGUCUGACUGGGCCACUCAAGCACAUUCAGAGACUUGUCCCGAAGCCACUCCUGCAUUGUCUUGGCUGUGUGCUUUGGUUCGUUGUCCUGUUGGAAGGUGAACCUUCGCCCCAGUCUGAGGUCCUGAGCGCUCUGGAGCAGGUUUUCAUCAUCUCUCUGUACUUUGCUCCAUUCAUCUUUCCCUCGAUCCUAACUAGUCUCCCAGUCCCUGCCACUGAAAAACAUCCCCACAGCAUGAUGGCCACUCUACCAUAAAGGCCUGAUUGGUGGAGUGCUGCAGAGAUGGUUGUGUGUCAGAGUGACCAAUGCCCUUCUCCCCCGAUUGCUCAGUUUGGUCGGGCGGCCAGCUCUAGGAAGAGUCUUGGUGGUUCCAAACUUCUUCCAUUUAAGAAUGAUGGAGGCCACAGUGUUCUUGGACAUUCAAUGCUGCCGAAAUGUUUUGGUACCCUUCUUCGUCAGAUCUGUGCCUCGACACAAUCCUGUCUCAGAGCUCUACGGACAAUUCCUUCGACCUCAUGGCUUGGUUUUUGCUCUGACAUGCACUGUCAACUGUGGGACCUUAUAUAGACAGGUGUGUGCCUUUUCCAAAUCAUGUCCAAUCAAUUGAAUUUACCACAGGUGGACUCCAAUCAAGUUGUAGAAACAUCUCAAGGAUGAUCAAUGGAAACAGGAUGCACCUGAGCUGGUCUGAAUACUUUCCAAAUGCACUGUAUAUAUUGUCCCCAUUGGUCCUUGUUGUAUAUCCCACUGAUAUGUGUUGAUGUGACUGUGCCCUCCCUCUUUAGGCUAACCUGGACAAGACGCAGAUGUCCUCCAACGUGUUUGUCAGAGCAGUCAUGACAGCCAUCUGCCAGUCGGCCAUCAUCUGUGAGUUACCCUACCUUUAUUGCUACCACCUCUCAAUCCAACAAUGUUUCAGGAAAACCCUCCACUCUAAUACUCUUUUCACACUACUUAGCAGCUCUGUACCGAUGCAUAGUUGCUGGAACCGUGCUGGAAAGGACAAUGUGGAAAUAAUAUAUCCGAGCCAACACAUUAUGGCUCAGAUCACUCCAAACGCAUCAUCAUGAUGAUGUGGCCGGUGACACUUUGCUUCUUGAAAGUACAAUAUCUUGAAAACAUGACUGUUGACAUGCAAAACAUUUUGGGACUGUAUCAAUAGUGGACUAAUGUAAGAAACAAAUACCAAAAUAUAGUUUUUGACCUCUCCCUCUCUGCCCGCAGGUGAGAACCCUUACAAGUUGGAUGCGAGGGUGAUCACCCGGAGGGCCAAGCUGCUCCACAAGUACCUGAAGGAUGAGCAGAAGGAGCUGCAGGCUCUCUACGCUCUGCAGGCCCUCAUGGUGGAGAUGGAGCAACCUGCCAGUGAGUGAGAUGCACAAUGACUUCAGUCACUCUCCUCUCUGUUUCCCUAUGUGUCAAGUCUCUUUAGCAGUUUUUUACAUGCUGAAGACUCUGAUUUUGUCCUGUGUUUGUCUCCCAAUUUUAGCCUUUUUUUUCCCAUAGGGGUUAUUUGACCGAGGGGUGUGGUUGACCAAUUUGUCUCCUAGAUUAGUUAUUUUUGUGUACAUUGUGUAUUGAAAUACUGUCUCCCUCCCCUUCCAUUGUGUUGACAUCCUGUCUCCCUCCCCUUCCAUUGUGUUGACAUCCUGUCUUCCUCCCCUUCCGUUGUGUUGACAUCCUCUCCCUUCCCUUACAUUGUGUUGACAUCCUCUCUCCCUCCCCUUACAUUGUGUUGACAUCCUGUCUUCCUCCCCUUCCGUUGUGUUGACAUCCUCUCUCCCUUCCGUUGUGUUGACAUCCUCUCUCCCUCCCCUUCCGUUGUGUUGACAUCCUCUCUCCCUCCCCUUCCAUUGUGUUGACAUCCUGUCUUCCUCCCCUUCCGUUGUGUUGACAUCCUCUCUCCCUCCCCUUACAUUGUGUUGACAUCCUCUCUCCCUUCCGUUGUUGACAUCCUCUCUCCCUCCCCUUCCGUUGUGUUGACAUCCUCUCUCCCUUCCGUUGUGUUGACAUCCUCUCUCCCUUCCGUUGUGUUGACAUCCUCUCUCCCUCCCCUUACAUUGUGUUGACAUCCUGUCUCCCUCCCCUUACAUUGUGUUGACAUCCUCUCUCCCUCCCCUUACAUUGUGUUGACAUCCUGUCUUCCUCCUUUCUUGUAGACCUGCUGCGGAUGUUCUUUGACACGCUGUACGACGAGGACGUGAUCAAAGAGGAGGCCUUCUACAAGUGGGAGUCCAGCAAGGACCCCACUGAGAUGCAGGGCAAGGGUGUGGCCCUGAAGUCCGUCACCGCCUUCUUCACCUGGCUCCGUGAGGCAGAGGACGAGGAGUCUGACAACAGCUAG